AUGAGCCCCACACCAAGCAGCGGGCCGCUGGAGGGUCUGACUAUACCCAACCCCCCCAUGAGCUGGGUGACGUGGACCUACUUCACGGUGACCUUCCUGGCCAUGGUCACCUGCGUGUGCGGGCUGAUGGGCAACGGUGUGGUGGUGUGGCUGCUGAGUUUCCGCGUGCAGAGGAACCCCUUCUGUGUCUACGUGCUCAACCUGGCGGUGGCUGACCUCCUCUUCCUCCUGUGCAUGGCGUUCCUGCUCAGCCUGGAAACGGGGCCCCUGCUCCUAAACAGCACCAGCAUCAGGACCUACGAGGUGGUAAAGAGAACCAAGUACUUUGCCUACACCACCGGCCUGAGCCUGCUGACAGCCAUCAGCACCCAACGCUGCCUCUCGGUCCUCUUCCCCCUCUGGUACAAAUGUCACCAGCCGCGGCACCUGUCCACUGUGGUGUGCAGCGUCCUCUGGGGGCUGUCCCUGGUGAUGAACUUUACGGCUUCUUUCUUCUGCGUUCACUUCUGGCAUCCUAGCGAUAGCCAGUGUUUCCAGGUGGACAUGGUCUUCAGCGGUCUCAUCAUGGGGAUCUUCAUGCCCGUGAUGACGCUGUCCAGCGCCACCCUCUUCAUCCGGGUGCGCAGGAGCGGCCUGCUACGGCGCCGGCGGGCCAGGCGUCUGUACCUGGUCAUCUUGGUUUCGGUGUUCGUCUUCCUCACCUGCUCUCUGCCUCUGGGCAUCUACUGGUUCUUCCUGUACUGGGUGGACCUGCCGCAGGCUGUGAAGGUCCUGUACUUCGGCAUCGCCCGCUUCUUCUCCUCCAUCAGCAGCAGCGCCAACCCGCUCAUCUAUUUCCUCGUGGGCAGCCAGAGGAACCAGAAGCUACAGGAGUCCCUGGGCACCGUGCUGGGCCGGGCGCUUCGGGAUGAGCCUGAGCUGGAGGGCAGGGAGACACCUUCCAUAGCCCUCAGUGAGGGGAUCUGA